CAGUAAAUAAAUUUCUAAAGUAGAAAAUUUAAUAAUUAAAGUGUUGUAUUAAAUAAAUAAAUAAAAAUGAAAGAUACAGAAAUUCUUGACCCAAAAAAUAUCGUCAAAAAUAGAGAAAUCUUAUAUCGUUUAAUGAUAAGCCAAAUGUUUUAUGAUGGAUAUCAUAAUAUAGCUGUUGAGUUAGCGUCAGUUGUUAGGGCGGAUCCACCGUGCCCACCGAGUGACAGAUUACUUCAUGUCAUGAUAACGGGAAUGCAAGCUGAAGAACCGAGACGGCAAGAAAAUAUUUUUGAAGAUUUCGCUUUAGGUAUAGACUUAGAGUUUGAAACUGAAGGUUCAGCAUUAGCUCCUGAACCUGCUUCAUAUGAAACAGCUUAUGUUACUUCACAUAAGCAUGCUUGUCGUUCAGGAGCUUUCAGUUCUGAUGGUCAAUUAGUUGCAACUGGCAGCGUUGAUGCAAGUAUUAAAAUAUUGGAUGUAGACAGAAUGUUGGCAAAGUCAGCUCCAGAAGAAGUUGAACCAGGUCGUGAGCAGCAAGGACAUCCCGUUAUAAGGACUCUAUACGAUCAUACCGAUGAAGUAGCCUACUUAGAGUUUCAUCCAAAAGAGCAAAUUUUGGCUUCAGGAUCUAAAGAUUGCUCUGUUAAAUUAUUUGACAUAUCCAAAGCUUCAGUUAAAAAAGCGCAUAAGGUUUUUACAGAUUGUGAGCCAGUAAGAUGUCUUUCCUUUCAUCCAACGGGCGAUUAUAUGGUCGUUGGUACGGAACAUCACGUUUUAAGAGUUUAUGAUGUUAAUACAGCUCAAUGUUUUGUAAGUGCAAUUCCCUCUCAACAACAUAAAAGUUCAAUUACAACUGUGAAAUAUGCGCCAACCGCAAAGUUUUAUGCAUCAGGCAGUACAGAUGGGGCAAUAAAAUUAUGGGAUGGAGUUAGCGGUAGAUGUGUGAAUACAUUCCCUCAAGCUCAUGAGGGAGCUGAAAUUUGCUCGUUACAGUUUUCUAGAAAUGGAAAAUAUUUGCUUUCUUCUGGACAAGAUUCUCUAGUGAAGCUGUGGGAAUUAAGUACAAGUCGAUGUCUCAUUGCAUACACAGGAGCUGGAACUACAGGAAAACAAGAACAUAACACUCAAGCAGUAUUUAAUCAUACAGAAGAUUACGUUCUGUUUCCAGAUGAGGCAACAACAUCACUAUGUUCCUGGAAUUCUAGAAAUGCAUCUAGAUUAAAUUUAAUGUCAUUAGGGCACAAUGGCCCAGUUCGCUAUAUUAUUCAUUCGCCCACGCAACCGGCAUUUCUCACAUGUUCUGAUGAUUACCGCGCUAGGUUUUGGUAUCGUCGUGAUCAAAAAAUUUAAUAAAAUCUAUAUAUAUGUACGUAA